AAGGUCAGUGUGUGUCACCGUGUUCUUUGCGGCGUUGUGUCUGAACUUGCUGGUCACCGUGUUCUUUACGGGGUUGUGUCUGAACUUGCUGUUGUGUUGUGUGUAGUGAAAAUGGUCCAUUUUUAUAAAUACUGAUAACACCGAUGGAUGCAACGAUAUUUUAAUCGCUCUGUCCAUAAUUCGCGAACGUUUCAAUUUCCUGCCUAGCAGUUACACAAUUACCGUGUACCUUGAGCCCCCAAGUGCAAGACUGGUUGGUCAGGAGUUACUCCAAACUCAAGUUUUAUCAACCACCAACAAUUGGGCUUCCUUUUGGACACCUUUAUUCAACGACCAUCCCACCAUUUUGAAGGUCUGGAACCACCAUUUCCAGAGCGAUUCCCGAAAUAUCCCCCUUCAGUGAAGACACUUGCGAGUUCAUUGUCACGAGGAGGCCACGGCCGAGCCGCGAUGUGGUAACUGAUGGUUAUUUCUGGAGGAGGCAGCGACGCCACCAUUAUGGGAGACGGGAUCUGCAUCCUUUCAAGCUGUUUAUAUCAGUUUCCAGAAAACGAGGGGUUUCCAACAUUGAUUGAAACUUUGAAAAAGAGCCAAAGAAGCGCACGAAUUCAUCUUUAUUUAAAUGCAAGCCGCCGCAAUGUCCCAAAGCACGACCAGCGGCACAUCCUCUCGUCGCCACCACCAGCGAGACCACGACUCGGCCUCCAUCACGUCCUCUCGCAUUGCGGACAUCACCGAGUGGGAAGCAAAUGAGGCCCUACGCCAGCGGGAGCUGGAGGAGGCCCGCGGCCGCGCCGCCCAGAUGGAGAAGACGAUGCGCUGGUGGUCCGACUGCACCGCCAAUUGGAGGGAAAAGUGGAGCAAGGUGAGGAACGAGCGAAACAAAGCGCGAGAAGAGUGCAAGCAAUUGCGGACGAAACUGGACGCCGCCACCAAAGACACCGCCACCUACAAGCGCGACAAGGAGGAGCUCGAGAUACAAAACGACCAACUCAAGAAAGAAAUGGAAAAAAUACACAUCUUGCUGCUGAAACACGCAGGCCAGUUUGACAGCCAGAUUUUCGAAGCGCUAGGGGAGGACCCCCUCAAAGACUUCGUCUUCAGUCAGAGCAACGGGUCGCCGAGUCGCGAAAAUGGGGCCUCGAGGCAGCCGGAGUGUGACAGUACGGCCCUGCAGGACGGCUGUAUCGAGGACUAUAUCCUUCAAGGGGCUGUUCCACGGUACGUCAAAGACACUCUUGAUGAAAAGGGGGACUUGGCAAAUGGGGUGCAAAAGCCAGGCGAUAAAAACGGGGCUCACAGAGAGGACUAUGACGAAGAGUACGUUAUCCAGAAAUUGUCAAUGUUGCAGUUGAGGUUGGAGGAGACCACGAAAACGCUCCAAGUUGAACGAGAGGAGAAGUCUCAACUGCACCGCGUUAUUGAUAAAUUAACAGUUGAGUUGCAAGAAGUCAAGGAAAAGUGCGAUGAGUUGAGGGAAGCUAAGCAGGAGGCGGCCAGAGAGUUGUUAUCGCUGCAGGAUCAGCACCAGGAAGAGAUUAGGUUAAUUAGGGCUGAUUUGCAGGAUGAGGCCAAUUCUCGCGAAGGCAUGGAUAAGCGACUCAAUGACCUCAGAGCUGAAUUGGAAAGGCUACAGGCUGAAAAUGCUGCCGAAUGGGGCAAGCGAGAGCGUUUGGAAACGGAAAAACUUGCCCUAGAACGUGAUAAUAAAAAAUUGCGAGCUGAAUUGAGAGACAUGCAAGAACGUAUGGAAAGAAAAGGCCGACCUUUAUCAAAUUCGGACGCCGAAGUCAGGCAUUUACAACAGGAGUUGUCUGAUAAAAAUAAAGAAAUAUCAGAGUUGAGGCACUCGCAGAACAAGUUGAAGAAAAUGGUACAAGACAAAAUAACCGAAUUGGCUCAUGCGGUGAGACGGGCGGAACAAUACGAGUCCGAAGUGAAAAAAUUGCGGAGCAGAGUUGAAGAAUUGAAGCGAGAUUUAGCAGUGGCUGAAGAUGAGCUCGACACUGCAUCAAACAACAUUAGAAAAUUGCAACGAACCAACGACGAGCUUCAAGAACAAGUCGACAAUUUCCAAGUCCAGUUGCAGCAUUUACACACAAGUAUGGAAAAAGAAGACGGUGGAGAAGAAAUGGCGCUUUACGAUGAGAACGAAUGUGUUACGUAAUUGUAGUUCGUCAAGUUUGCUGUCGCAUCGAGGAACUCUGCUCACGGAGGAUGGUAGUGAUGAUGAUGUUGCUGAAUAUUAGUUUGAUUUCUUCCAUUAAUAUCUGGAACGUACUUAGUAAUUUUCCGAGGAAAGUUAUGUGUUCAACACGGCCUUGCAACGGAAAUAAGUACCAGGAAAAUGAAACUUGAAAAGUAACAACUAAAUGUACUUAUUUCUCUUGCAUCCGACGGUCUGUUUGUGUUCACUUCUCCCUUAUUUAUUGCUUGUACAUAACUCUGUACCUUGUAGUUACUUACCAGUAGACGACUAAAUUAUAUUAUUUUUAUAUGAGGCACAAUUUAAUGUGAUUUUUUCAAUUUUUGCAGUUUGACAUUUAUUGAGAUAAGAAGCGAUCAAUGGCCUAGUGUGUGCUAGGUUUGUCCUGUUUUUGACUGAUAUGUAAAGAGUAGACUGAAUUUGUUUACAGUGUAUUUUCAAAAAUUGCAUGAUUGUUGUGUAUACGUAGAAACUUCGCACUUGUUUCAUUCCCCACCAGAUUAUUCCAUUUCACAGGGUGAUAACUAAAAUUGUUCCAAGGGGGAUAAACUAGUCUAGUGUGUAACCAGUUUGCCAAUCAUUUUAGACUUAGUUCCAGUGUCAUCAACACAAUUCCAUCUCAAUCACAUGUAGCAAUAACUACUUGUUCAAUUUCAAACCAGUGUUGCACUUAUUAGUGCCUUACUACUCACAAUUAUGAUUUGAGGAUUUUUUUCUUUAUAAAGCACUACUCAUUUAACAAACGAAACUGUUUUUAUAUUAAUAAAAUUGUACCUAGCUGUUUCGCUCAGGGCUAUGUAUCACGUGUAAUUCGUGCCAAUAAAUAUUUAAUUAAAAA